AAUCAAUUGAGUCAUGUCAGGCAGACAGGCAGCCAGGAUCACAGAUAUCGUCCGCACCCUCUCUCUCAACCACAGCCAGUCUCAUGCCAAUCUAUCUAAUGGGCUGCCUGCGUGGCUGGCUUGUAGGCAUGGUCAGUCUAUGCCUUGCUGUUUGCCGCCCCCUCGCGUGUGCCGUGCCUGUGUGUGCCUGCAGUGGAUGGAUUGUCGUCAGCUACCUAAGGAGGGAGAGAGGGAGGCCGUCUGCUCCUCUCUCUCUCAACGCUCGGAAGGCAGCUUAAAGUCUGAUGGAUGGAUAAACACACAGAAAUCACUGUGAGUGGCUGUGAACGUACGUGAAAGACACGUGAAAGACACACACGUACCUUUGUCCCCGGGAAAAGAGACGGUGAAUAUCUGGUUGAGCAUCGACCCUUUCUCGGCGGGCGGAGAGUACCUUACCCCCAGGCCCUUCACCUUAAGAUCCACCAUACACGGUGGUUUUCUACACAGGUCUUUGACGGUGAUUUUCUAUACACACACACACACACACACGCGAAGAGAGAGAGAGAGAGUGUACAUCACUCACUCGACACUUGCUCGCCACACAUCACUUUCAAUAUUUAUUUAUGAUGUUCUGUAGGUGCGUGUUGUGAUUGGAGACUUACUGGGUUGGCAGUCAUGCAGAAGUGUCCGUCGCCCUCGGCAAGUGUGUGCAGGAGUUCCUUCGCGCAGACCGACUUGGCGUCAUCCUCGCUCUUGCAAGUGCCCUGCACACACACAGACACACACACACACACACAUAAACGUAUAAAUGCCCAUUUUCAUCCAUUUAUCCAUACACUCACUCACCUUGCCGAUGGCUUUCGUCGGCCAUUUGUCAUUGUCGGUGUCGACAUAUGCCUUGUUGACCACGCACACCUUCCCCUUGCCGCAGGCGCUCAUAUACCCGUGAUACCCCUGGCCGCUCAUGCUCCAGUAGCGGUAGAUGUCAAAGAUAAUCGUAAAAUCCAGGCCCCAGGGUGCCAGUUGCUCCUCUGUCUUCUCUAUGGGCUCUUCGGGCUUGAAGACUACCUCGCACCCGAAAAGAGCAUCUUGGAAGAUGGGAAACACCCACCAUGGAUGUCGCCGUACUGUACAGUAAGUACAGUGCCACCUUCUACGUGUGUGCAUACCCGUGUUGGCCAGCCCCUGCAUGGUCGUGGCCAUGUGCUCGAUGGCCGUCACGGCAUGGCCACUCGCCGUGAGGGCCUUGCCGCUCGCCGUGUGUGCGGCCUGGGCGAUGCGCUUGGCCUCGCCGAGUGCCGCCUGCAGAUGGGCAGCCGACGAAGUCCCGCCUGCAGCCAUCACACACACACGUCCAUCACAUCCAUCUUUCCAUGGCUCUUUUGGGAAGAUCUGACCCACCAUGUUUCUCGAUGAAGGCGCUUUUCUCCUCAGAGAGCGGGCAUGAGGCAUCCCGCCCUGCCUCGCCCACACAACAACAGCACGUCCAUUCGCACCAAAGAUCAGGAAUGCACCAGAUCAACGCGUGUAUGUAUCGGCGUAAAGGGCUUUCCUGCGCCUACCGAUGCAUCCGCCCGGCUGUGGUUGGUCACUGGCCGUCUGGACGGUCCCGCAAAGGCCCAUCAAAAGCGCCAAAAUCACGGCCAUCGACACCAUGGUGCUUGUGGGUGCUGGGGUGGGCGGCAAAAUAAGAGCGCAGGAAACGCGAGGACUGGACGAGAC